GCUAGAUACAUGGCUAUGGGUACUAAAUAAAUGUCAUGAGUCAUGGCCGAGUAAAACGCUCAGCCGGGAAUGAUAUUAACAUAUUGACUGACAUCAUCCAAGACCCAGUUUAGGCUGCACGGUGUGCCGAGAGAGUCAGGAAACGGUGCAGAGUUCGCUAAACAGUGGUUAAAAUUUCCUAUUUCGGACUUAUGAACGGCAUCUCAUCCAACUUUUCCCAAGAAUAUGACCAGUCAGAGAGCAGCCCGCCGUUCCCCGUGGAGUAUUUUCUCCACUUUAUCCCACAUGGCUUUGAGAAAUGUGGGGUUCUUUCAAUCGGAAUUGUCGGACUGCCAUGGAAAUAUGGAGGGAAUGGGGUAUGACGGUAGGGAACCGAGAAUCGUUCAGGCUUGCCGUGAUCGGCCGGUUAGGAUAUGCAUCUUACAAUCCCGGGGUCAUCUCGGAUCCAAAGUCGGCUCUUCGGCGGGAUAUAUAAAACCAGGGUUUUUUGCGUGAUCCUUCCUUUCCUCUCCAGACGGUGGUUUUUUUUUCAUUUCCAUUAUCCCCCAUUUUAGCCAUAAACAAGAUGGUAGCGUCACUACUGAGACUUACAGUCCUCGGGACGCUGGCAGUGCAGGCCGUCUGCAAGACUGUCAAUACGUCGUCCCUCUUGUCCUACCAAGACAAACCACGGGUGUUCAUCCUAUCAGAUAUCUCGAAUGAACCGGAUGACCAAGAGUCCUUGACACGGUAUCUCCUCUACUCUAACCAAUUCAAAACUGAGGGCCUCGUCGCCUCGACAUCCACUUGGCUCAGAGAUGCAGUGCACCCAGAGGAUAUGCUGCAGGUGAUUAACGCCUAUGGAAAUGUCACCGAUAACCUUAACAAGCAUGCUCCUCCCGAUGCCCAGUAUGCCUCCGGAGAUUACUUCCGGAGUAUCCUACGCAGCGGCGCAGCAACCUAUGGCAUGAAAGCAGUGGGAAGCAACGUCACACUUAGCGACGGCGGAAAGCUCCUUCUCCAACGUCUCCAGUCCCCAUCCGAGAAGCCCCUCUGGGUCCUCGCUUGGGGUGGUACAAACGUUCUGGCUCAGGUGUUGUAUAAGAUCCACCAGAACUACUCAUCCGAAGACGCGGCUGCCAUGCGUUCCAAGUUGCGCGUGUAUGCCAUUUCCGAUCAAGAUGACACGGGUCCCUGGAUCCGUCGGAACUACCCAGAUAUCUUCUACAUUUCCUCCACCCACGGAUGGAACCAAUACGGUAUGGCAACCUGGAUUGCCAUCUCCGGCGAGACGUACUACAACAAGGAUGAGGGUGGUCCAAAUUCGACCACAGUGACUCAUGAGUGGCUCCGCGACAACAUCCAGGUUGGACCCUACGGUAGUGUCGCCUAUCCCGAUUUCAAGUUCAUCAUGGAAGGGGAUACUCCUACCUUCCUGUAUCUGAUCCAGAAUGGGCUGGGUGACUCUGAGAACCCCGGAUAUGGAUCUUGGGGUGGAAGAUAUACCAAAGUGGAUCCAUCAACAGCCGUGAACUACAACCACUAUAGUGAUGCAGCGGAUCGCGUGGUGGGUCUUAACAACAAGACCUUCAGCUCCAACUAUGCUACUAUUUGGAGAUGGCGUGACGCCUACCAGAACGAUUUCGCCGCUCGCAUGCAAUGGACUCUCCCAGCGAACACUAGCAAGGCGAACCACCACCCCGUUGUCUCUGUUAACGGAAGCAAGGAAUUGGCCCCGUUUAAGGUGACGGCUGAAGCAGGCUCGACGAUUAACCUCGAUACUGCUGGUACUUAUGAUCCCGAUGGUGACAAGUUGUCGUACAACUGGUUCCAGUACGAAGAGCCGGGCUCCGAUGAUUGGAACGUGGCAGGACAGGUCCCUGCAUUAAACUUGACAAUUGCGAAGAAUGGCCAACAGGUACAGGUGAAGAUCCCCGCUUCCGAGGACAGCUGUAAUGGAAAGGGGGACAACCCUUCUGGCUGUUGGUUGUUGCAUUUGGUUCUGGAGGUUAAGGAUAAUGGCAUUUAUCCCUUGACAACUUAUCGUCGGGUGCUGAUCCAGACUACUAACCAAACGAUCUCUACGUGAUAUGUUUGCACCUAUGCAUACUCCUGUAAUAGAUAGCUUGUCAAAG